AUGUCGAUAGUACCAAUCUUUGCAGAGAUUAGGGUGUUUUCACGGCCACGACCCCAAGUCCACCUCGGACCCGUUGACACGUCGUGUUCCUUUCUCAUCUGCGACCUCUCCCUCCCUGACAUGCCCAUCAUAUACGCCUCGGAACCAUUCUGCAAGAUGACGGGCUACACGACCAACGAAGUUAUGGGCAUGAAUCCACGGUUCAUGCAAGCGCCUCUUGGAUGGGAGGUGAGAGAGUACCGCGACGGAGACAAGAGGGCCAAAGAUUGCGCCAAGGCGAUGAAGAAGUCGCUGGACGGCCAAAGAGAACUCCAACUCAGCGUCGUUAAUUUCAAGAAAUCCGGCAGGAGCUUUGUCAACCUACUGACGCUGGUUCCUGUGGGAUGGGAGAAUGAGAGGUGUCGCUAUAUCGUCGGCUUCCAAGCCGAGCUUGACGAAUCUAGUAGCUCGGACGACGACGCCUGA